AGCCUCCAAAUACUGACGAUUACCCAAAACAUGAAGGUUAAUAUAGAUGGAAUUCUAGUCUAUUUUCCCUACGAAUAUAUUUAUCCGGAACAGUAUCACUAUAUGCUAGAGCUCAAGCACACUCUGGACGCAAAGUCAGGGUCAUGGCGUCUUAGAAAUGCCAUCGGGUACUGGUAAAACGGUCUCACUGCUGUCACUAAUAGUUGCGUACAUGAAAGCUAGACCUGGGGCCAUCGAAAAGUUUAUCUAUUGUUCUAGGACUGUGCCUGAAAUCGAGAAAGUGUUGGAGGAGCUGAAGGUUCUUUGCAAGUACUACGAGAGUGAAACCAAUGAAGAAGGAUUCGGUUUACUCGGAAUUGUUUUGAGUUCACGUAAAAAUCUUUGCAUUGAACGGGAUGUACGGCGUGCAGGAGAUGGUGCGGCAGUCGACGCUGCUUGCUUUCGUCGGACGGCCAGCUUCGUACGCAAGCGGCAUGCCACCGACCCAUCUGUUCCUUUUUGUAAAUAUUUUGAACAAUUUGACUUAGAUGGUCGCGAGAAACCGCUUCCCGUUGAGAUCUAUAACUUGGCUGAUUUAAAAGCGUACGGUCGCAAGCACGGUUAUUGUCCCUAUUUUCUCGCACGGUAUUCGCUUUUACAUGCAAACAUAAUUGUGUACAGCUAUUUCUACUUACUGGAUCCGAAGAUCGCCAAUCUUGUGUCCCGAGAUUUGCCGAAAAAUUCUGUGAUUGUCUUCGACGAAGCUCAUAACAUAGACAACGUGUGUAUUGAGUCUAUGAGUUGUGUCCUCACUCGAAGAUCGUUGGAAAAAGCAACCUCUGCUUUGGUCAGACUAACUGAACGUGUGAAAGAUGUAAAGGAGCAUAAUGCCGAACGCUUGAAGGAUGAGUAUCGUAGAUUGGUUGAAGGACUAAGACAAGCUCGGAUGUCCAAGGAAACAGAUGUGGUGCUAGCCAAUCCAAUUUUACCGGACGAAAUAUUACAAGAGGCGGUCCCUGGACAACUGCGCAGUGCCGACAGCUUCUUAGCCUUCCUUCGUCGAUUUUUAGAGUAUGUCAAGCUGCGUCUGCGCAUUGCUCACGUGGUACAUGAAACCCCAGUGGCUUUUCUUCGCGACUGCUUAGAGAAAGUAUGCGUGGAUCGCCGCCCACUUCAAUUCUGCGCCGAGCGUCUUCGUUCGUUGGUAAACGUGUUGGAGUUAUCGGAUUAUGCAGACUUCUCGGAUUUGUCUCUUUUGUGCAACUUCGCCACCUUGGUCGCCACCUACACUCGCGGCUUCUGUCUCAUCAUCGAGCCAUUCGACGAACGCUGUCCUAGCGUUAUCAAUCCGGUGUUAUAUUUCCAAUGUCUCGAUGCCAGUCUUCCGAUUCGGCCAAUAUUCAACCGAUUUGUCAGCGUCAUUAUCACAUCAGGAACCUUGUCUCCAUUGGACAUGUACCCGCGGAUCUUGGAUUUCCAUUCGGUCAACUCAGCCUCGUUUACGAUGACAUUGGCCAGAAGUUGCGUUCUCCCCAUGAUUAUAUCUAAAGGGAACGAUCAGGUCCCAAUGACUACCAGGUUUGAAAGCCGAGAUGACACAGCCGUCGUGCGCAACUACGGUCACCUACUGGCGCAGCUUUCUUCUGUCGUUCCCGAUGGGAUCGUCGCCUUCUUCCCCAGCUACCACUAUUUGGAAUCCACCUUUUCUAUGUGGUACGAACAGCAUCUCAUUGAACAGAUACAGCGCCACAAACUUCUGUUUGUCGAAACUCAGGACGCUGAGGAGACCAGCCUGGCACUUGCAUCUUAUCAGCGAGCCUGCGAAAAUGGGCGCGGAGCUGUCCUCCUGUCCGUUGCACGGGGUCGCGUUUCCGAAGGCAUUGAUUUUGACCAUCACUUGGGACGAUGUGUCGUCAUGUUUGGCGUUCCCUACGUGUACACUCAUAGCCGAAUUUUCAAGGCUCGUCUCGACUAUCUCCGUGAACAGUACAGUAUUCGGCCCAACGAAUUUAUCACAUUUGAUGCGAUGAGGAACGCCGCUCAGUGUCUCGGGAGAGCUAUCCGCGGAAAGUCGGAUUAUGGCAUCAUGGUGCUCGCAGAUAAGCGCUAUGCUCGUGCUGACAAACGGUCGAAACUUCCCGGCUGGAUUCAGUCGCAGCUGCACGACGCCUUCGUAAACCUGUCCAUCGAAGAAGCUAUUCAAGCCUGUCGGCGUUUCUUAAGAUUAAUGGGACAACCUUUCAACAAAGAAGAUCAGCUUGGAUUGGCUCUCUUGACACGGGAGCAUGUUGCGAAACUAGUCGAAAAAAACCAAGCUUCUUCGAUGCGAAGUGGCGAUUCGCUGGGGGUUUCUGGCUCAUUGAGGAUGCCAACAGCUGCGUCGGCUGCUCAAUGCACCGUCAUACCGAGGGUGAUCCCAACUGCAACAAAAUUUGAUUAGACCUCUGGUAUCUGAUUUCUGGCCUAACUGUACAGCUUAUUUCAUGAUACGACAAUGCAUUUUUCUGAGUACCACGUUGCAUUUACAUUGGUUACUGUGGGACAAGAG